AUUCAUAUACUUGUGUGCUCUACUACGAGUAUAGUCCCUUGAGCCUCGACUAUCUAAACAAUAUUAUUCAAUUUGGUGCAUAAUUUUUUUGUCACUUGAAAUUAGUCUCUCUACUUUUGAGUAAGAGUAAGGUCACAAGUUAAAAAGAAAAUGUAUCUCAAGUCAAGUAUGUCAUGGAACGUCGUGAUCCCAGCCGAGCAUCUGGAUGCCAAAGGAUUGAUGCUCCAAAAGGCAAUCAUUGUUCGUCUAUUGGAUGAUUUUGCUUUGAAGAAGGCCACGAAAGCCCUGGGCUACUUCCUGGCAGUGACAACAAUGAACAAGAUUGGAGAAGGCAAGAUCAGAGAGAACAAAGGAGACGUGCUGUUCCCUGUCGAGUUCAACUGCCUCUCGUUCAAGAUCUUCCGCGGGGAGAUUCUAGAAGGUGCUGUGCACAAGAUCCUCAAACACGGCGUUUUCCUGAGGUGUGGGCCCAUCGAGCACAUCUACCUCUCCCACCAGAAGAUGUCUGAUUACCGUUACGUCCCCGGAGAAAACCCCAUCUUCAUGAGCGACAAGAUGUCGAAGAUCGAGAAGGAAACCGUGGUCCGGUUCAUUGUGAUCGGGGAGAAGUACGUGGAGGCCGAGAAGGAGUUCCAGGCUGUCGUGAGCUUGGAGGGAGAUUACCUCGGACCGGUUUCACCGGGCUCGGUUUGAAUCUUGUUUAUCAUAUUUAUGUCUAAGAUGAUGUUAGGUAUUAAG